UCCACCUCAUCAAAUCCUCAGGCCUCGGCUUGUCACCGUCGUCUCCCGAUCUCCGUUCGUCAUCGAGACAGAGGCCGUGCGUGCUUGACUGGGACGGUGACGCGCAUGGCGGGCUACGGCGACGACGGCGUCGACCUCACCGAGCUGACGCUGGGGCCGCCCGGCAUCAAUGCGCGCAAGGCGAGGCGAGCGAGGAAGAACGGGCAACCGUCAUCGUCAUCCGCCAUGGUGCAGGCGUUCGUGAAGGUGAGCAUGGACGGGACGCCGUACCUGAGGAAGGUGGACGUCGCGGCGUACGACGACUACGGCGAGCUCGUGGAGGCGCUCAAUGAGAUGUUCUGCUGCUGCUCCAUCGGGCUGAUGGACGGGUACAGCGAGUGGGAGCACGCCGUGGUGUACGAGGACGGCGACGGCGACUGGAUGCUCGUCGGCGACGUGCCGUGGGAGAUGUUCGUGUCCUCGUGCAAGAGGAUGCGGGUGAUGCGAUCGUGCGAGGCGAGAGGGUUGAGCUCGAAUGCCUGACAGGGUUGCCGCGCCGCACAACGUCGAGAUCAGAACGGCAGAUUCAGAACGUGUAGGCACCGUCGUCCGAACAGAACUUGCACUGUUUGCACAUAGCUCAAGUGGCCAGCACCAAGCUGACGGAGGUGAUGACGCAAUCCUGAAUGAGGCAAUGCAAGUACGAUUCCAUCUACAGAAAGACUACUGGACAUGGUUAGUGGGAAUAAAAGUUAGUUGACGCCGCCAUCAGAACGUACGAUCUCCUCCCGCUUGCUGCUCGUCGCAUGACUGCAUGAGCCGGAUGCGGUUUGACUUCCCUGCGAUCCAAAUAUUUUAGAAGCUCUGAAUCCUCUGGUGAUCGAUGCUCCUCCCUACGGAUGAUCACUUCUAACAAACACCUACUACCACUCAAGCUUGUGUCACAUUGCUGUUCUUGUUUUCUUUUUUCUAGUCGUUUCGGCUGUCGCCUGUAUGUCACAUGUACAUGAAUCAAGGG